CCGACUUCCACACAACCAUACAUGCCGUCGAGAAUGAACGGCGAAGAGGUUGCGCCGUCCGACUUGCUGUCAUCAUCCAGAAGAGGAAGCUUUAGUAUCCCCCGUCGGCUGUCAGUGACACAGCGGAGACCUUCGGUGGGUCUAGCUGGUGCUCCACGCCUAAGCACAGGACCUCCAUUAGCCCCUCCUGUGACCGGUCCCGAGCAAAAUGUCGGGGCAAGGGAAAAGACUGUCUCCUUUGCCUUCAAUGAGGGAGGGGAAGAUCGAGAAGAUGAUGAAUCAGAGGAUGUGGUCAAUGACAUACAGGAAAAUGUUCUUCAACACAAGCCUGUAACAUCCAAGAUCUAUGAGAGGAGGAAAAGCAUCAUGCCUACGACCUCCACGAGGAAACGCGUAGAUCUAUCGCCAGCUCAAAAGCAAGAGAUACGAGAGGUGUUCAAUUUGUUUGAUACGGACGGCUCGGGUACAAUUGACGUGAAAGAACUUAAAAUCCUAAUGCGUGCCCUCGGGUUCCACCCUGCGCCAGGAGAAGUGGAAAGGUUGGUUGCUCUCUUCGAUGUAGACGGCUCUCCUACCCUGAAUUUGGAAGAGUUUCUGCAAUUGAUGGCCAUAAAGCUGGCCGAAAAAGAUAGUCGUGAAAACAUUCUUGAAGCUUUCCGAAUUUUCGACACUGACGCCAGAGGCAGAGUCGGGUUACGGGAACUAAAACGUGUCGCAAAAGAUCUGGGGGAGGAUCUCACAGACGAAGAAUUGCAAAUGAUGCUAGCAGAAUGCGACAACGAUGGAGACGGUGAAAUUGGGCCGGAUGACUGGAUACGAGUUAUGGCAAAGUCGGUCAGUACAGCAUUAGCUGCCCAUCUUGGCCACCAUGUGCACUGA